GACAACCAGAAGGGUAAACUGGUAAAUCAAAACACAUGUAACAAAUGGUUUGGAAGUUUGAACCGUCCUGAUGCUAUGGAAGGAUAAGGAGGGAUUUGCAUGAGACAAUGAAAAUGAAGGCUGGGAGGAUAUUGUUGCAUCUUCUUUGUUUGAAUGUGGUUACCUUUGGAGUGAUUGCUGGUCCGCAAACAUGUCCUGCAUCGGAUCUUGAAAGUGGGUGUAGUGAUUCUGAAGAAUGGAAAGGGGAAUUUUUCCCUGGAAUUCCCAAAAUUAAGUAUGAGGGCCCGUCUAGCAAGAACCCCCUAUCCUUCAAAUGGUAUAAUGCGGAAGAGGAAAUUCUAGGGAAGAAAAUGAAGGAUUGGUUGAGGUUUAGUGUUGCAUUUUGGCACACAUUCCGUGGAACAGGAGGUGACCCAUUUGGUGCACCUACAAAGAAUUGGCCAUGGGAGGAUGGAACUAAUUCUGUGGCUAUGGCCAAAAGAAGAAUGAGAGCCAACUUUGAGUUCAUAAACAAGCUUGGAGUCGAUAGGUGGUGUUUCCAUGACAGGGAUAUAGCUCCUGAUGGAGAAACCUUGGAGGAAUCUAACAAAAACUUGGAUGAAGUGGUGGCCCUUGCUAAGGAGCUUCAGGGAAGCAAAAUUCGACCUUUGUGGGGCACAGCUCAGCUGUUUCUGCAUCCUCGCUACAUGCAUGGUGGUGCUACAAGCCCUGAAGUAGGUGUAUAUGCAUAUGCUGCUGCUCAAGUUAAGAAAGCCAUUGAGGUCACACAUUAUUUAGGGGGCGAAAAUUAUGUCUUCUGGGGUGGCCGUGAGGGUUACCAGAGUCUCUUGAAUACUGACAUGGGACGAGAGCUUGAUCAUCUGGCACGGUUUCUUGAAGCUGCAGUUGCCUACAAGAAGAAAAUUGGAUUCAAUGGAACACUGUUGAUUGAACCGAAGCCUCAAGAACCUACCAAACACCAGUAUGAUUGGGAUGCUGCAACAUCUGCAAAUUUCCUUCGAAAAUAUGGCCUAAUAGGAGAAUUUAAACUUAACAUUGAGUGCAAUCAUGCCACGCUAUCUGGUCACAGCUGUCACCAUGAGCUUGAAACUGCAAGACUCAAUGGUUUAUUAGGAAAUAUUGAUGCAAACACUGGAGAUCCUCAGACUGGAUGGGAUACAGAUCAAUUUCUCACAGAUAUUGCAGAGGCAACUCUGGUUAUGCUCACUGUAGUAAAGAAUGGAGGAAUUGCACCAGGAGGAUUCAACUUCGAUGCAAAAUUACGGAGAGAAAGCACAGACGUUGAGGAUUUGUUCAUUGCUCAUAUUAGUGGAAUGGAUACCCUGGCGCGUGGGCUCCGAAAUGUUGUGAAGCUCAUUGAGGAUGGUUCUCUGGAUGAGCUUGUUCGCAAGCGGUAUGAGAGUUUCGAUACAGAAAUUGGCGCGCAUAUAGAGGCUGGUAAGGGUGAUUUUGAGUAUCUUGAGAAGAAGGCCAUAGAAUGGGGUGAACCCAGAGUUCCUUCUGCCAAGCAGGAACUUGCGGAGAUGCUUUUCCAGUCGGUUUUGUAGACAUGCAGUGCAGCAUAGGAUAACAAAAUUAAUAUAUAUUGUAAUCAUUACCAAUAAAGGACACACUUUGUUUCUGAAAAACAUACAAGUAACCAGUUGAUUCAGAUCCUUGUAACCGUCUAGAACUUGCGUAUUGCUUGCAUAGGAUGAUAUAAAAUACUCAUGUCCAUGGUAGCGUUGACAUUGAGCUUUUAAGCUGUGAUUUGGUCAUUUGCUGUUGAAGUUCCCCUUUUCUAUUUCAAGAAAUAUUUAGUGCAUGAAAUGGAGCAUGGUUUGGCUUGUA